AUGCUUCCUAAAAUCACUCGGCGUCUGCGUGAUGAUGAGCGAAAGCAGAUCGCAAGCGGUACCAUCUUCGUCUUCGACGAGGUCGAGUCGAGCAUCAAGAGAUGGACCGACGGUAUGAUAUGGAGUCCAAGCCGCAUCCUGAACAACUUCUUGGUAUACCGGGAGGUCGAAAAGAAGGAUCCGAAGCCAUCUCCCGACCAACCGGCGUUCGUCACCAACAGCACUGCAUAUGGCAUGCCAGCAAUGCCCAGCAGCGGCGGUAGCAACGUCAACUUUCACGCCUCGGUUCGGAAUGUGCCUCUGACGCUCAUGCCGAACGCGAUGGAUGCAGACGCGCAGAUGAUACACUACAAGCAGGAGCACACCGCUUACCAGGGGUUGGAUCACGUGACAUCCUCUUCGAACGCAGUGUACGCCGAUCACGACAGCUUUUUUGGCCACCCUUCUCACGCACAGCAUUCAGCGCACCCACAGGCGCAUCCGCAAGCAGCCGGGCUCGUAGGUGUGAUGGAUGAUCACGCCGGUCCUUCGAACACAGCCAAGCGCGAGGUCGAGCUGGAUCGGACAAUCGUUGGAAGCUUGACAAGCAGCUACCCGUUCGUGCGCGAUGGACUCUGCAAGAAGACCAUCUCGAUCCAAGUCGAAGGUUCGACGCAGCACCUCAUCUCGUACUACAAGAUCGACGACGUUCACAACAGUCGACUCACCAUACCAUCGACUCUGCCCGAGCUCUCCUCGCUCAGCAUUUCGCCCAUCUUUCUCAACAAAGCCAAUUUCCGAUACCCACCCAUUGUCGAGAUCGGCCCUGAUGGCGUGCCGAGAUACGUUGGCGAGUCUACAGACAACGCUAUGCGUGCAUCCGGUCAUGUCAGCAGUGGCAACGAGAGCUUCUCAUCCUCAGAGGCGCGACAAGACGGGAUGGGGAGACCAGCCAGCCGGUCGCUGUCGAUCUACUCGCCCGGUCUGCCCUCUGAUGCUCCCCACGGCGACAUGCACACACAUCGAUAUCCGCAUCAGAUCGGUGGCGACGGCAUGCUACCGGCAUCGGCAACUCCGCUUCCUACGUCGUCGACGUCGAUCCCUUACAGGAGCCGCCGAUCUUCGGAUGCUCCGCGCAGGCGUGCGAAUUCGCGAUUCGAGCCUUAUCACCCACCAGCACCGAUGACGUUCGGACACGGCAUGGCGGCACAUUCCCUCUACUCGAACGCUCCGACCAUGGACAAUGGACCGGUUUCACCCUCUGGUCGGCGAGCUUUCUUCGCCGGAACGCGAAGCUACAGCGACAUGGAGCCUGGCGCCCCUUAUCCUUCAGACCAUGGGGCGUUUGGAGUACCGCGCCAGCAAGACGAUGGCUUUCUUGGGAUGACACACGUCGGACAAGCAAGCAAUGCCAACGGAGGUUCACAUGCAUCGCAUAUGGACCAGCAGCAUCCGUCGAUGGAGACGGUCGACUCGCACGGCAGCUUUCAGCACUCGUUUCAGCCGGGCUCGAUGAUACCAAUGGUUCCGAGUCAGCCGACGCGAUCGGACGUAUCUUGGAGCAAGCAAGAGCAACAGGAUCCCUUCCACUUCUCUUCGCGGCUCGCGCGUGGAAGCUGGGACUCCAACCAGCCGAACCAUUCGACGUCAUUCGUGCACAAUCUGCAGCAACCGCCUGCCACGAGUCAAGGGUUGACGGCACUGCCGAUCCAUAGCCAAUCGAAUGUGAUGUCAUCCUCGUUCUACCCACGUUUUGCUGGCUCGCCUCCAAACACCGGCUCGUCUCACGACAGCCGUCACUCGUACGCGGCGUCGACGGGGCGAAACGAGGAGUAUGUUGAAGGCGUGCAUCCGCCCACUGCAACUCGGCUCGAAGACACGGUGCACUACUCUUCGCGUCCCAUCUCGCGGGCCGGUGAAGCAGGGUACGCCAACGACUUGGACGCGGCAGGCGUGGUCAAGACGGGCGGACUGGAAGCUCUCCAUGUCCACUCGGACCCAGCAAGUCCUUAUCCGAGACCUCAACAGCAGCAGCAGACGCAGCAGCAGGUGUCGGCAAGCGACGCUGCCGCUUUCGACUCUUACGGUCGAGCCUCGGGUGCAGUGGAAGCACAGCAGUCUUAUUAUGCUCAGCCGCCGUCGCACGCAGAAGCUUCACACGACAGCCUCCAGCUCGAUCAGCAAGCAUUUGGUCGUCACGCUGCAGCGUAUCCCGCAUCGCAUGACGUGGGCAACGCGUCGGCCCGCAACGAGCACACCUCAUGGACGUCGACUCCAGCUGGUGAGGGGAAUGGCGCAGUGUCUUCUCGGCCAGGCACGUCGCACGAUCAGGGCUACCAUCGCCAAUUCCGCACGGAUGCCAGCGACGCAGGCGCCGCGGACGAUUCUGGGUUCGAGAAGGUUAUGUUGACGAGACCGGCACUACCAUGA